GGAUGCUGCUGGUGUGACGGCGGUCGUGGUAACGGUGGUGAUGGUACCGGCAGCUAACAGAUCUUGAGCGUGCCAGGCCGAGCCGAGUCCUCUACGGGCAGAAUGUCGCCGCUCACCGACAGCAGCCCCAAGAGGACCAGCAAUUCAUCCAUUGUACCAGAAAGCUGUGACAUGGGAUAUUGCAAAGAAGUUCUACAGCAAACAACCUAGAGGAACAAAUGUGCUUUAUAACCUUGUGUUACCCCGGAAUAAAUUGUAAAUGUCAAACUUUUGGAAAAUAAAGCCCUCAUAUGCAGAAGCCCAGACUCCCAUGUGCCUCCUCCCGUGCAGCCGGCUGUGGGUGGGAGCCCCCGACUCCACAGAACUGCGCCGCGCCCUCCAGACCCCACCGUUCUUGAGCUCCACUUGGCCUCCCCUGUCCUGCCCACAAGCAGCCUCCGUUCCACGCUCAGCAGCCAUCAUUGUGGCUACGCCGCUGGCCACGCAGUGCUCUCUUGCUGAUCCUCUCAGGCCUGGGCCGGCUGACCUCCGCAGGUCGUUGCAAGUGAAAAAUUUUCCUCUGUAAGAGGACUGCAUUUCAGUUUCCAGCGAGGAGGCAUGUGUCACCCUCCCUGUUCCAGUAGCUCAGGCCAAGCUGGGGAGAAGAAACAGAGCCUGUCGCUCCAGAGCCUCAGAGCCUCAAGGCCAGAGAUGGAGUCUUUGUCUCCCAGGCUGGAGAGCAAUGGCACGAUCUCGGCUGACUGCAACCUCUGUCUCCCAGGUUCAAGCAGUUCUCCUGUCUCAGCCUCUCGAAUAGCUGGGACUACAGUGAACCUUCAGAGGGCAAAAGGAAAGUUUUCCCUUGGCUCCAACAGUUUUGGCGCAGUGAGCAGGACAACCAAAGCUGCUUUGCUCUUCUGAAAAUUGCUCUCAGGGAACCCAGGACCCCGCAAGCCGGCAGAAGGACUCUGAGGAGCACCAGAGGAGCAGACUAGAAGAAUGGCACAUGCUAUGGAAAAUUUCUGCACUAUCAGUGAAGAGUAUGAUAUUGAUGGAGAAGUGGGCUUCGCUCUGCCAAAUCCAUUGGAAAACCUACCUGAUGUUUAUAAUGACUGGAUGUCCAUUGCUAAACAUCUGCCUGAUCUCAUUGAGUCUGGCAAACUUCGAGAAAGAGUUGAGAAGUUGGACAUGCUCAGCAUUGAUCAUCUCAGAGACCACAAGUCGCAGCGCCUUGCCCAUCUAGUUCUGGGAUGCAUCACCAUGGCAUACGUGUGGGAUCGAGGUUGCGGAGAUGUCCGGAAGGUCUUGCCAAAAAAUAUUGCUGUUCCCUACUGCCAACUCUCCAAGAAGCUGCAGCUGCCUCCUAUUCUGGUUUAUGCAGACUGCGUCUUGGCGAACUGGAAGAAAAAGGACCCUAACAAGCCUCUGACUUAUGAGAACAUGGAUGUUUUGUUCUCAUUUCGUCAUACAGACUGCAGUAAAGGAUUCUUCCUGGUCUCUCUGUUGGUGGAAAUAGAAGCUGCUUCUGCAAUCAAAGAAAUUCCUACUAUAUUCAAGGCAAUGCGAAUGCAAGAACUGGACACUUUGCGAAAGGCGCUGUUGAAAAUAGCUUCUUGCCUGGAGAAAGCGCUUCAAGUGUUUCACCAAAUCCAUGAGCACGUGGACCCGCAAGUAUUUUUUAAUGUUCUUCGCAUAUAUUUGGCUGGCUGGAAAGGCAACCCCCAGCUAUCAGAAGGUCUGAUGUAUGACGGGUUCUGGAAAGAUGCAAAGCAGUUUUCAGGGGGCAGCGCAGGCCAAAGCAGCAUCUUUCAGUGCUUUGACGUCCUCCUGGGCAUCCCGCAGAGGGCUGGUGGAGGAUCUGCUGCUCAGUUCCUCCAGGACAUGAGAACGUAUAUGCCACCAGCUCACAGGAACUUUCUGUGUUCAUUAGAGUCAAAUCCCUCAGUCCGUGAGUUUGUCCUUUUAAAAGGUGAUGCCGGCCUGCGGGAAGCUUAUGAUGCCUGUGUGAAAGCGUUGGUCAAUCUGAGGAACUACCAUCUGCAAAUUGUAACUAAGUACGUCUUGAUUCCUGCAAGUCAGAAAUCAAAGAACAAGACCUCCAAAGAGCCUUCAGAAGAGGAAAACAAAGGAACUGGAGGCACUGAUUUGAUGAAUUUCCUAAAGACUGUAAGAACUACAACCCAGAAUUCCCUUUUGAAGGAAGGUUAAUGAAACCCAACGAGCACAUUUUAUCGUAGCAUAGACAUAUAUUCCUGUCUCUACCCUUUAUAACAGAGCCAUGAAUUAAUACUAUGCAAUGUUUUAUCAAUAAUGCAAUACGAAAGACCUCAAAAUAUCUGUGCAUUUCUUGUAGGAAAACAACAAAAGGUAAUUAUGUGUAAAUAUUAAAAAUUAUACAAGUUUUAUAAUCUGAAUCUUAUCAUUGGAAUAAAAUGAUGAAAUUCAAUAAA